GUGCGCGUCCCCUGCUUCAGCAUGAACAUGCCCUUCGCGGGCCUCGUGGCCCACGGCUACAAGACGCUGGAGACGCGGAACCACACCAUGUUCGUGCCGUUGGAGGGCCAGACCGUGGCGCUGCACGUGGGCCGGCGGACCUACCCCGACGGCGGCGCGCACCGCGACAUCAUGGCGCGCGACGGCCUCUCCGAGGCGGACAUCGACCGCCUGACGACGCUGCCGGACGGCGCGGCGCGCGGCACCAUCGUCGCGCUCGUCGACGUCGGCGAGACGGUCCUCGUCGACGACGUCGCGGAGCGCAGCCUGCUCGCCGUCGAGACGGGCGCGGUCGCGACGGGCGCGGCCAUGGGCCGGUACCUGACGACGAUGAAGAACGCGCGGUUCCUCGACGCGCCCGUGCCGACGCGCGGCCGGCCGGGCUUCUUCGACGCGGCCAUCCCCCGGGCGCUCGCCGAGAAGUACGGCGUGGCGGCGUCGGCGUAA